GGCGCUUCUUGGUCCUAAACCCAAAUCCCAACCCCUCCCCCCUUUUUUUGGCCAUUUGGCACCUAUUUCUUCCCUCCAUCUCAUCCCGACCUCCACCAUUCGCCCCUCGCUGGCCACGGCAGUCCUCCCUCCCCGUUCCCGCCCCCACCCUCCCCCUCCUCAUCACCCGACCCCUUCCCCACACCACACUUCCCACCCCUCCACCCAAGUCACAAUGGCCACCGGUACUACCACCACCGCCCGCGAACAUCUCCUGGUGGUGCGGAGGCGCAGCCCGCAUAUGCGCUACACGUUGAGCCCGGAAAACCUCCGCAGCCUUUCGGCUCAGGGGGGCUCUGGGAAUGGAGGGAGCUCUAGAGGAGGAGCUCCUGAACCGAUGGGACUGCAGCGGGCCAACAGUGACACCGACCUGGUGACGUCGGAUAGCCGUUCCUCCUUAACAGCCUCUACGUACCAGUUCACGCUCGGGCGUGGGCAAAACCUGGUCAUCUCUUGGGACAUCAAGGAGGAGGUGGAUGCCACGGACUGGAUCGGGCUGUACCACAUUGAUGAGACGUGUCCUGCAAACGUUUGGGAUUCGAAGAACCGUGGGGUAAAUGGGACUCAGAGAGGGCAGAUCGUCUGGAGGCUGGAGCCCGGACCGUACUUCAUGGAGCCUGAGACCAAAAUCUGUUUCAAAUAUUACCAUGGAGUGAGUGGAGCGUUGAGGGCCACAACACCCUGCAUUACUGUCAAGAACCCUGGAGUUACAGUCGGGGCAGAAGGGCAGGUGGAUGGACAGUCAGUCACCGAACACUGCAGAAAAUUGGUCAGCUUUACUCUGUCAGAUAUCAGGGCUCAGGGUCUGAAGAAGGGCAUGUUUUUUAAUCCGGACCCUUAUCUGAAGAUGAGCAUUCAGCCAGGCAAGAGGAACGGCUUCCCUACAUUCACUCACCACGGCCAGGAGAGACGAACCUCCAUCAUAUCCAACACCACUAACCCUGUGUGGCACGGAGAGAAGUACACUUUUGUUGCUCUGAUGACGGAUGUUUUGGAAAUUGAGGUCAAGGACAAAUUUGCAAAAAGUCGCCCGAUCAUCAAACGCUUUUUAGGUCAGCUGACAAUGCCGGUGCAGAGACUGCUGGAGAGACACACAGCCGGGGAUCAACAUGUGAGCUACACGCUUUGUCGUCGUCUUCCGACAGAACAUGUGAGUGGACAGCUUCACUUCAGGGUGGAGAUCACCUCCAACGGACAUGAAGAUGCCAUGGGAUCUCUGCUAGGAGCCUCUUCUAUGAAUGGAGAUCCUGGGAGUCCGUCAGACGACGAGGAUGUUUUGCAUCCUUCGUCCCUCAUGGCCAGGGGUCCCUCGCCCACCGGCUCUGAAGGGUCCCUUCACGGUGAUGCUUUUAGGGCUGACGAGUGCAUGAUGGACCCUGAUGAGGAUCGGCUCUUGAGAGACGGAGCCCCAGACAUGGCCGAAGGAACCCCGGGCCACACUCAUCGCCAGGCCUCGCUUAACGACUACCUGGAUGCCAUUGAGGCCCCUAAGGGCCCUGGAGACAGACCGCUCGGGGCCGCCUCACCUAAACUACGCUCCAGUUUCCCCACCGACACACGGCUCAAUGCUAUGUUGCAUAUAGACUCUGAUGAAGACGAGGAGGGACACGCCUCCCGGGAUACGGCGUUGACCAAUGGCGCUCCGCGGCCUGAAGGACACACCUCCUCUGAACAGGACAAAACGGAGGGUCCUGUCAAAGAGAGGCUGGAGUCGGAAGGGGCGAGCAGCACCACAGAUACGGAGGCCACGGCAACAGGGUCGAGCAGUGGGACAACAAAGAGCCAAAAUGGAGGUGCUGAGGACAUUCAGGAAGGAGCUGCUGCCUCUGGAGAGACGACUCAGAGCACUGGCAGCUCUCAGCGGCCAGCUCCCAAAAUACAGGAUGAGGAAGGAGUAGCGCCCAAGCCGGUCACUGGGGAUGAAGGAUCAUCAGAGGCCGCUACAGUCACAGAGCCCUCAGCAUCUGCCAGUAAUGCAGUUAGUGAAGGGGGCGGAGCCACAGCAGCUAAGCAGCCAGAGCAGGGGAACUCCAGCGAGACGGCCAAUGAGGAGGAGGAAGAUGCCGAAGUCUGGCAGAGGAGGCGGAGUCUGCAGGCAUCAGGGAACGCAUCACAGGCUGAAGGGAUGGAAUUAACCAAUGAAGCGAGAAGGGCAACUGACGCAGCACAAGCUGCCACAGUAACAGAUGGAGAGACAGGAGCCACUGCUCAAGUGAACGGCCAUCAGCCAAUGCGAUCCCUUCCUUCAGUGCGUCACGACAUCAGCCGCUAUCAGAGAGUGGACGAGCCUCUUCCGCCAAACUGGGAAGCUCGUAUCGACAGCCACGGCAGGAUUUUCUACGUGGAUCAUGUGAACAGAACCACCACCUGGCAGCGACCCACUGGUCCACCUGCACCUCAGGUCCUACAGAGAUCCAACUCCAUUCAGCAGAUGGAGCAGCUCAACCGAAGGUAUCAGAGUAUUCGGAGGACAAUAACCAACGAGAGGACAGACGAACAGGCUGCAGAGAUGCCAACAGAUGAAAACGACCUGCUGCAUCACUCCAUACCUGAGUACCGCCGGGACGGCGUGGUUGGGCCCGCUAGCUCUCGCUCGCGCUUGUCUCUGCUGCUUCAGUCCCCCAGCGCCAAGUUUCUCACCAGCCCGGAUUUCUUCACCGUACUGCAUUCCAACCCUAGUGCCUACCGCAUGUUUACAAGUAACACGUGUCUAAAACACAUGAUCAGUAAAGUGCGACGGGACGCGCACCACUUCGAGCGCUACCAGCACAAUCGAGACCUGGUUGCCUUCCUCAACAUGUUCGCCAACAAACAGCUGGAUCUCCCGCGGGGCUGGGAAAUGAAACACGACCACACGGGAAAGCCUUUCUUCGUGGACCAUAACUGCAGGGCGACCACUUUCAUAGACCCACGACUGCCGUUGCAGAGCGCCCGACCCAGCAGCCUCCUCGCCCACCGCCAGCACCUCAGCCGCCAGCGCAGCCACAGCGCAGGGGAGGUGAGCACACGACGCCUGGUGGGCGAUGACCCUCGCCACGCUGGACCCUCUGUACUGCCACGCCCCUCCAACACCUUCACUGCCAGUCGCAGCCAGUGUCAAGAUUUAGUUCCUGUUGCCUAUAAUGAUAAAAUUGUGGCAUUUUUGCGGCAGCCGAACAUAUUUGAGAUCCUUCAGGAGAGGCAGCCUGAGCUCAUUAGGAAUCACUCACUCAGGGAGAAGGUGCAGUUUAUUCGUAAUGAAGGAGCGUCGGGUUUAGCUCGCCUCUCCAGCGACGCAGACUUGGUGAUUUUGCUCAGCUUGUUUGAAGAGGAAGUGAUGUCGUAUGUGCCACCUCAUGCCUUACUGCACCCCAGCUAUUGUCAGUCGCCACGAGGGUCUCCGGUCUCCUCCCCUCAGAACUCUCCUGGUACACAGCGAGCCAACGCACGGGCCCCUGCACCGUACAAACGUGACUUUGAAGCCAAACUUCGGAAUUUCUAUCGCAAACUGGAGACUAAAGGCUACGGACAGGGUCCAGGCAAAGUCAAGUUGAUAAUCCGCAGAGAUCAUCUACUAGAGGACGCCUUCAAUCAGAUCAUGUGCUAUUCUCGCAAAGAUCUACAGAGGAGUAAACUCUACGUCAGCUUUGUUGGAGAAGAGGGACUGGACUACAGUGGCCCGUCGCGAGAGUUUUUCUUUUUGGUGUCACGGGAGCUUUUUAACCCAUACUACGGCCUGUUUGAGUAUUCAGCCAAUGACACCUACACCGUCCAGAUCAGCCCCAUGUCUGCCUUCGUCGACAACCACCAUGAGUGGUUUCGGUUUAGUGGUCGUAUUCUGGGUCUUGCUCUUAUCCACCAAUACCUGCUGGAUGCCUUCUUCACACGACCCUUCUACAAAGGCCUACUACGAAUUCCGUGUGAUCUGAGUGAUCUGGAGUUUCUUGAUGAGGAGUUUCAUCAGAGUCUUCAGUGGAUGAAGGACAAUGACAUUGAGGACAUGCUGGACCUGACCUUCACCGUGAAUGAGGAGGUAUUCGGACAGAUCACAGAACGCGAGCUGAAGCCUGGCGGUGCAAAUAUCCCCGUGUCAGAGAAGAAUAAGAAGGAGUACAUCGAGCGCAUGGUGAAGUGGCGAAUAGAGCGGGGUGUCGUCCAACAGACGGAGAGUCUGGUGCGAGGCUUUUAUGAGGUUGUAGAUGCACGGCUGGUGUCGGUGUUUGAUGCUCGUGAGCUGGAGCUGGUGAUCGCUGGGACGGCGGAAAUUGAUCUGGGAGACUGGAGGAACAACACCGAGUACAGAGGAGGUUACCAUGACAACCACAUCGUGAUUCGCUGGUUCUGGGCGGCAGUGGAGCGAUUCAACAAUGAGCAGAGACUCAGAUUGCUGCAAUUUGUGACAGGGACGUCCAGUAUCCCAUAUGAGGGCUUCGCCUCCCUUAGGGGCAGCAACGGGCCACGCCGCUUCUGUGUGGAGAAAUGGGGAAAAAUUACGUCUCUGCCCAGAGCUCACACAUGUUUCAAUCGUCUGGACCUCCCCCCGUACCCCUCGUUCUCCAUGCUGUACGAGAAGAUGCUGACGGCAGUGGAGGAGACCAGCACUUUCGGUUUGGAGUGAAUGUUAAUAUUUGCACUUUUUUGAGCUGAUCAAACAUACUUCAUUUCCACGAGCCGUCAGGAACAGCAAAGGAAGCAACCAUCUAAACAGACACCAGAAGCACUUAGACGUAUAUUUUGUACACCGUAUCACUUAAAACUACUUCCUCGGACAGAAAACAAUGCAUCACAGAAGUGAGCUGAAAUGGACUGGAUGUUGUCUGAAUGUUUCUCAGACUCAGCUCUGGGUGAAUCGAGGACGACGUGACCAGCCGAAUGCAAAGCUGAGUUACUAACCGAUCGAAAUGAGGACCGAAACAAACCCAAAGGACUUUGAUAUUCUCACACUCUUUUUAUCUGUAAAAAAGACUUUUCUACGAAGCAUCAAAAUGCAGCGUGAAUGAACAAACAUUGUGUUGUGAAAGCUUUUUCAGAUCGCCUCAAACACAUCAGACAUGACAGCGCUGCCCUCAAUAUUGAAUUGAAAUGUAUAUGUUUUCUCUUCUUUUUAUCAUAUUUAUAUGUUAGUCUCUCAUAUGUUUGUUUCGACACCGUAUGCUGUCCAAUAGCUGUCAUGUCACAUUUGUGACACUUUUGAAUGAAUCUGGUUGUUUAUAUACUCUCACACGCGAUGUUUUCAAAGGGCAUGUUACACUAGCAACAUCAUGAAUGUGACCACUAUGUGCAAACGAUAAAAAAAAUCAACAAAAGAAGAUGAUUUUUUUUACUUUAUAGGCCUUUCUGUUGUCUUUGGAUAACACAGUUUAAUUUCUGAUAACUUAUGAGAGAGAGAAAACAAAGAGUGGUCAUGCACCCACUGAAUGAAGCUAUAGAAGUCAAUAUGAAAUUAAAACAGACCCUGUUUGCGUUACUAAUAUGCUUCAUUAUGGUAUAAUAACAUUUACUUUAAAUGAUUCAAGCCAUUUCGUGUUGACUUUAUUAUUAUUUCCAUAUCCUUAUGUAGCUUUAGUCUGACAUUAAUGUUUGCUGAUGCGAACACAGCUUUCUCGAAUCUUUUUUUUCACCGCCUCUCUGGAGUCCAAAUGUUUUCUUGUAUGAUUUGAAACUGGAAUAUCAAGCCCACAAAAGCAUAUCGAUACAUUCCAGAUUUUUCCAUUUGCUUUAACUCGACCCAGCCUUUUACGAAACACUGCCGUGGCUGCGGGACGCUGGAUUGUACUCUAGUUCUGAAUGUUUUGUAACCUGAAUUUUGUGUAAGGAAUUAAUAUCGCUUCCAGUGAAAACUGGUGUAGUUGAAACUGCCAUGGGGCUUUAUGAGGUCCAUUCAAUUUCGGAAUAGCAAAAACACAAGCAUAUCAUCUUUGUCAGUUCGAUAAUGGCUGGCUAGAUCAUUAAUACAAACCAGAAAGAUCUGCGUCUUUUUGUAUUAAGGCUUUUGCAGUGCCGUGCUGAUAUUUGUGCUGAAUGUACCAAAGGUUUAGGGCUGCCGUAGACUGUCCCAACCCUCUUUUGUCCACAUUUUGUUUGAUUAAAAAAGGAACAAAAAUAUUUUAAAAAAUAAUAAUUUUUUGACGCCCUAAUUUUCCCUCCUAAUUUGACUUUUUAGAGCUUUUUCACAAUGAUGUUUUACACAAUAUUAAAAAAAGACCCAUACAAUAGGGAAACAAUUAUGCUUUUUGUUAUUGUUUGAGGAUGAAAAUGUAUUACCGAACACAUGUGUAUGGUUUAUCUGGAGAUCUAAAGGAAGAGUUCUGCUAAAAAUUAAAUUUAUGUUAUUUGUUCACUUUUGUGGAAUAGGAAAGUUAUUUCACAGAUUGUCUGAGCUGCUGUUUUUUCCAGUGAAAGCAAAAGCAGCAUAGAAGUCCAAGAAAAGUUUGUGGAUUUGAGGCUGAGUAAAUGUCAGAAUUUUAAAUUUUGGUGAACUGUUCCUUUAAAAAUGUAACCAGAGGUUUAGGGCUGCUGGUGUUUGUUACUAGAAAGCUGCUGCUUUUGACUUUCUGUACCACUUCAGUUUUGCACCGUUCACAUGCUCUGGAACAGGUGACCGUUGAUUGGAUAACAGCUUUCAGAGCUUCACAUUUGGGUUUUUUUUUUUUUUUUUUUUUUUUUUUUUUUUUGGUUCAGCACAGAUGAUUGUAUAAAGCUGUUUAUC